AUGACGUUCUCACCUGUUCGUAUCACGAACGUCCCUUCUAUUAAAAAUGCACCGCUCCUUGGUCUAGCAGAAGGUAACGGUUACUUCUCAAAUGCUCAACUCGCUGGUCUCGUCCUUGUCAUACCAUGGGUCAUCAAACGCAUCCUUCCCUUUGUAAACCGUGGUGGUCUCAAGACAUACCUCUUCAUACUCGUUAUCACAGGUAUCCCAAUCACCGUCGCUUAUUGGACUGUAGCGAGCACCUACGGUCGUCGCAAAAACGUCAAAGUCCUCAUGCCUGGUAAAGACCUCGAAGACUACAUCACUAUCAACGACCCGGAACUCAAGGAAAAAUACCACGGCAACUCCAAAAUUCCAAUGCAGGUAUUCCAUGACGCGUACUUUGAGGGCAAGAUCGAUUUCAAUGGCGACGUGUUGGACAUCUUGGAAGACCGUCACGAUUGGGCAAAAAUGGUCAUGACGCCUGAACUUUUCAAAUAUGUCUUCAUGAAUCUCCUUCCAGAGGUCAUCGUCCACUCCCAGUCUCAAGACGAAGAACAGGUUCGCGACCACUACGACAGAGGCGACGACUUUUACUCAUGGUUCCUCGGUCCACGCAUGAUCUAUACCUCCGGCGUCAUCACAGACGCCAACAAAGAUGCCUCCCUCGAAGAACUCCAAGACAACAAACUCCGCCUCGUCUGUUCUAAACUGAACCUGAAACCUGAAGACCGUCUCCUCGACGUUGGCUGCGGCUGGGGUACCCUCGCAGCUUAUGCGGCAAAAAACUACAAAUGUGACGUCACAGGCAUCACCCUUGGCAAAAACCAGACCAAGUUCGGUAAUGAGCGCAUCAAAACUAACGGUGUUACCCCCGACAAGGCUCGUAUCCUAUGCAUGGACUAUAGGGAUAUUCCAGGUGGCCCUGGGCACUUUACGAAGAUCGUCUCUCUUGAGAUGGCGGAGCACGUCGGAAUCAGGCGCUAUGGUUCAUUUAUGCGUCAAAUGUACGACCUCCUCGAGGACGAUGGUAUCUUCGUUCUCCAAGUUGCCGGUAUCCGUCCUUCGUGGCAAUACGAGGACCUCAUAUGGGGUCUUUUCAUGAAUAAAUACAUCUUCCCUGGCGCUGAUGCUUCUUGCUCUCUCGGCUGGGUCGUCAAUCAAGUUGAAGCCGCCGGAUUUGAAGUGAAGAAUAUCGAUGUCUUGGGCGUACAUUAUAGCGCUACUAUCUGGAGGUGGUAUUUGAACUGGGUUAACAACCGCAAGCAGGUCGUAGACAAAUACGGCGAACGCUGGUACCGAAUCUGGGUCUUCUUCCUUGCCUACAGCACCAUUAUCUCCCGCCAAGGUAGCGCCAGCGUCUUCCAACUCACCUUACACAAGAACCUCAAUGCCUACCACCGGGUUCUGGGCGUUGAGAAUCACUGGAGUUUGCAGGUGCGCGAUGGGAAGGAUGCUGAGAUUAGGUAA